CAGCACACAAAUGGUUUCAGUCAUAUUUAAGGAAGAGGCAGCAAAUAUGUAAAAUUAACAAAAAAAUGUCGGAUAUAAGAACAAUUACCUGCGGAGUUCCUCAAGGGACAAAUCUAGGCCCGUUACUAUUUCUCCUUUAUAUAAAUGAUCUGCCAAAUUGCCUUGUAACAAGAAGCGCCACAAUGUUUGUGGAUGAUACAAGCCUAUCAUGUAACGGACUAUCAUCCGCAGAUAUAGAGAGUAAACUGAAUCACGAUUUAGAAAUAAUUCACACAUGGUUAAAUUAACCGCAAACAAGCUGACUUUAAACCGUAAAAAAACUGAAUACAUGAUUAUUGGCUCACGACAAAAAUUAAAUUCUUUUGGCACAAAUACUACAAACAUAUCAAUCGCAGGCGAGCAAAUAAGACGAGUUGAAAGCACAAAAUCCUUAGCCAUUCUUCAUAUAGUUUACUAAACUUUUCUCUAACACUUCUGAUGGAUACCUUAAACCCAUGCUCAGUGCUAUUUAAGUUUAUAAAGAACUUAAUGCUAUUACUUGGAACCCCAAAACUAACCUUAGCGACCAAAGCACGUACACGUUUACACUUGAAAUUUCAAAGAAUUGAAUCAACUCAAAAAAAGUUAUUCCGUCAACCGUUUUUGGUGAUCACUUUUACAGUUGAUUCAUUUGGAAAUUUACAGUGAGGUUAUACAAUUAAGUAACAAUAUAUAUAGCAUUUGUAUAUUAGGCCAAGAGAGACAGACGUUGAACUGGUAAUACAAUUGGAGUCAUAGACGUUGAACUGGUAAUAAAAUUAAGUAACAAUAUAUAGCGUUUGUAUAUUAGGCCAAGACAGACAGACGUUGAACUGGUAAUACAAUUGGAGUCAUAGACGUUGAACUGGUAAUACAAUUAAGUAACAAUAUAUAGCAUUUGUAUAUUAGGCCAAGAGUAUUAAACAAACAUUGAACUGGUAAUACAAUUAAGUAACAAUAUAUGUAGCAUUUGACAUUUGCAUAUUCAUAAAUUUCAUGUAGUUUUAAAAGCAGUUACUGUUAGAAUUUUGAGUGUAUAACGAUAUAUAGCUAGCACUCAGGGCCGCACAGAGAAAUUCAGCGGCCGGGGCAAAUUUUUAAUUCAGGGCCCCUAUUUAGGGAAAGUAAAAAUUUUUCCCAGACAUAUCCAAAAAAAGUUCAAAAAAAUUUUUCCGUAGAAAUAUGAGUAAAAUUAAAGUUCAAAAAAAUUUUCUGCACAAAUACCAGCAAAAUUAAGGUCUAAAAGAUUUCUCUUAUACCAUGACUUAUAUAAAAAACGUUCCAAAUUAUUUUUUUAAUUACAUUUUUUGCCCCACCCCCCUUGGCAAAUUUGGGGGCCCCCUUUAACUGUGGGCCCUGGGCAAAUUGCCCCCUUUGGCACCCCCCCCCCCCAUAAACUUUGUAGUUUUAAAAGCUUUUACUUUGGCAAUCAAGGUCCAAGCAUUGCCCCUCUCUUUACUUCCAACUUUGUGGACAUAUGGCUCCACCACCAAAAUUUCUCUUAGCAAAGCAACCUUAUGAUGUUUUCUCCAAACAAACACUUCUUUGCGAAUACUCAUCUAAAAUAGUAUAAUUAUAUUCAAUCUUGAAACAUGCAAAAUGGAAACAUUAAUAGAUUAAAUAUACUUAUAUUAAAUAUGCCCAAUUCUCUCCUGGCAUUGCCAUCUUAAUAUAUAGAGAACUCGCAAUCGAUCAAGCUCUGCAACACACUCAGUGAUCAGAGCAUUGCACUAGAAUUGCAAGUUUGUGAGUUCAAUUCCUGCCAAAAAGCCUAUGUAGUUGCAUUUUUUGCAACUGGUCCUAGUUUGGUCUUAGAAUGUAUGUAUUCCUCACUCGAAAUUUUCCUUCGCCAAAAAUCCCUAUAGAUUACUUAGCCAUUUUAGUCAUUGACAUCAUCAAUUUUGUGUCCAUACUGUACAUAUUAUUUUUUUAACUCUUCCAAUUAUUUGAGUAUUUCCCAUUAUAUGUAAGUUAGAUUCCCCAGAGCAUGUGACUGGGGGGACAAGUUUCAACUCAAUAUAGUUAGGUGUAACAUUCAAUUUUUAAAUCAAAACAUUAAAUUCAACCCUUCAAUCUACAUAAAUAUUUCAACAAAAGUAUCUAUAAGCAACAAUUGUAUUGUCUUAUACUGUAAUACCAGGUAAUAUAAACACACAACUAUGAAAAGGAAAAGUUGUUUUGAAUACAGCGUGAGCAUAGCCAAAGUCAAUCAGAUAAAAACAACAAAACUUUACAGUAUAUAUUUGUAAUUCAAAUCAGGUCCACGAUAUAGCAAAACAUCCAACAUUUCGCGAUAUUAAUAUUCUUAUAUUCAUCGCAUAAAAGCUUCAAUAAUUUACUAAAUCAUGUACAUAAAAGCUAGCCUAUCACAUAUUUGAAGAUUAUGAAACAAAAAAGUACAGAUUUUACCUUUCAAACUUCUUCGUUGUCACCACAACGAACUUUGUAAAAUUCUUCGUUCUCAACGAAGGCUGUGCAACGAAGACGUCGAAAAGCAACCGCUGGCACCAACCGCAGUAUGCGCGAAAUAAUGCGCAGACGUCGAAAACUUGUCAGGUACGUUUUCGUCUUCGUACUUCGUUGUCUUGCUCAAACUCUCUACUAACAUUUUUGAAACCUUAAACUGGAGACCUAUAAAAGACAACUUAGACGAGCGCGACCUUGUAAUGCUACUUAAAGGCCCUUAAAGGUCUAGUGCCCGACUACCUAAUGCAGACAAUUAACUUGAACGAAAACGGCAACUAUCAAUUACGUAGGAACAAUAGAAAUAUUUACCUACCUAAGCCAACGACAAAUUUUUUAAAAAAUAGCUUUCCCUAUCGAGGAGCUAUGAGUUGGAAUAACUUACCUAAUCAUAUUAUUGAUCAAGCAUUAAUAGAAGAUGUCUCUGUCAACUCCUUUAAGAAUGUCAUAAAACGUAUGUCCUAAUCCAUUGGUCCUAAUCUAUAGUGUAAUUAAUUGCAUCCAUGUAAAUAGUUUAUGUAAAUGGCCUGUUUUUCUCGCUUUUAGAUUUCCUUUUCUUUUUUUUUCUCUCCAAUUAUGUAAAUAUUUUAAUGAACUCACGGCCCUUUGAAAAACAGAUGUACUUCUGAAAGGCUACCGUGAUUAAAUAAGAUUAAAUAAUAAUAAUAACAGAUUUACAUUUGUAUAUACGAAUGCGAUUCCCCAAUUUGUAUCGAUAAACUCUGGACGUUGGAAUCAAUUCGAACGAAAAAUACUCGAAUGGGCAGGAAAAAACUGCCACAGCGCUCCUGUACAUAUUAUUGUUGGCGUUAUACCAUCAACGUAUGGAAAAAACGAUCCAAGAUUUGUUGGUGAAGCAGGAUUCAGUAACUAUCGUGGGCCAUCCAGGCUUUUCCCAGCUGUGAAGCGGCCCUAUAGAGGAUUCAGCUGCAUGCUGUCAUAUACAAUCAUUUACUGAGAAUAUUGCAUUCUAUUCUCUGAUUAGACCCGGUCGUAAACUAGUAAGGUCUGUUAGCUUCACCCAAAAAUUUAGUUGAUUAGAAUGAAAAAGUCAAAAUUGCAAAAACACCAUUAUAGGGUACCUAAACAUGUUGUUUAUCAGUUGCUAAAGUUUUUUUUACAUUAGAAUAGGUUUUAUAUGAAAAAUUGGCCGUUUUAGAAAAGGCCCUGAAAAAUCUUUAAUUGUUUAUACCUAGUAACCAUGGAAACGGAUUGCAAAAAUCGCUUUAAAAACGCUGUUGUACUUGCGUGAAAAUGUGAAAAUGUAUUUUUAGGCUACUAUACCAAGAGGGUGUACUAUGGAUAAAAGGGGCACUUAGGGGCAUGCUAAAUAUUGCAUAAUCACAAAUUUACAUAAUCAACUUUCAAGAGCACGAGAAAAUCGAGAGAAUAUUCUAUUGAAAUUCGCAUAUUUUUUUCUAUAUUUUGCUUCUGUUUCCAUUUGUAAUAAUGCCAAAGGGUUCAAAGGAAGGAAUAAAGCGUAGUGCUAAAAGAAAAUCGCAGAAAAAACCCUAUUUUAAAGGGAAAAGAUUUUCUGCUAUGUGCGAAGAUGGCGACCACGUUGUGAAGGAAAAUCGUGCUUAUGAGAUUGUAGAUGGCGAUGAAGAACAAAACGAUAUAAUAUCAACAUCGGCAAGGAAACUGGAGAAUGCUAGCAAAACAAAAACGUUUAUACAAGAGCCUCAAACUCCAGAAUUUAAAGUCAAAGUACACACAAGAAACUCCUUUACUAAUUUGCCAGAACAGGAAGGUUAUCGUGUUGUUUUUAUUGAAAACAUUCGCAAAACUGUAGAAAGCAUGCACAAGUGUAAAAAUGGAAAGAUUGUAUCUUGUGAGGACACUUCUAAACGGGCUGGAUUGAGCAGUACAUAUUAUUUUGAGUGCACAGAAUGUAAGCAGAGGGUUGACAUGGAUACAUCAAAGACUGUUGAGGGAAAGGGACGUUCAUUUGAUGUCAAUCGGAGAACCAAUUUUGCCAUGGGUGAGUUGGGUUUAGGCAGAGAAGCUCUCGCAACCAUUUGUGAGAUUUUGAACAUGCCACCUCCUGUGAGUGAUAGUGCUUACCAAAAGCACAAUCGAUCUGUGAAUCUCGCAUCAAAGAAAGUUUUGGAUGAAAAGUUGAGUGAAGCUGGUCACCGUGUAAGAGCAAGCUUAGACAAGGAUGGAACAGAAUUACUUGACAUUGCUGUGUCAUUUGAUGGCACAUGGAGCAAGCGAGGAUUUACAGCUAAUUAUGGGGUAGGAAUUGUUAUCUCUGCAGACACAGGGGAGGUGUUGGAUUAUGUUGUUCUAUCAAAAGUUUGUGAAGUUUGCAAAGCUGCUGAGAAGCUCAAAUCCAACCCGGUAAAGUAUGAACAAUGGAAAAAUGAACAUGUGGCAAGUGGACUGUGUCAAAAAAAUUUUGGUGGCUCUAGUCCUGCAAUGGAGAAGGAAGCAGCCAAAAUCUUGUGGAACAGAUCGGUUGAAAAACAUCAAUUUAGAUACAUUGAUAUGGUAUGCGAUGGCGACAGCAAAGCAUAUGGAGAAGUAUGGGACACAUAUGGAGUUUGCAAAACUUGUGCAAAAUAUGAGAAUAUGGACAAACAAUCACUAGAAUAUAAAAAUUGGUUGAAAUCAAAGAAUUAUGCUACAUGGGAAAAUGAUCACCACAAUGGUAAAACAAAGUGUAGUCGAGUAAACAAGCUUGAUUGUGUUGGACACGUCCAGAAGCGGAUGGGAAAGAAUCUAAUUGCACUGACAGGGAAAACAAAGCUUGCCGAUGGAAAAACUGUUGGAGGCAAAGCUGGGAGACUCACUAGGCCAACAAUUGACAAGCUGCAGAAAUACUAUGGGAAUGCUAUCAGAUCCUCUGUUGACAAAAAAGCUAAAACAAGCCAAGAAAUUGACAAAGCAGUGAAACGGAUGCAGGGUGCCAUCAAAGGAGUAUUGUACCACAGUGUCAAGAUUGUUGAUGGUAAAAAGAGACAUCAGUACUGCCUUCAAGGAAAAAGCUCAUGGUGUUCCUACCAAAGAGACAAAGCGAAUGGAUCUGAUCCUGCUUUUGAAAACAAACCACACCAUCUUGAUCCUGUCUUUCUCGAGUUCCUUACCCCACUCUUUGAUCGGCUCAGUGAUACAAAGCUGUUGAAGAGAUGUUUACCAGGGUUGUCACAGAAUGCAAAUGAAUCAGUCAAUUCUCUAGUAUGGAACAGAUGUCCAAAACACCGCAAUAGAGGGCUCAGUUCUGUGGAGACAGCUGCAGCAUCCGCAGUAAUGCAAUUUAACGUUGGUGCGACUGCCCGGCAUGAUGUAAUGAGAGAAAUGGAGAUUCCUGCUGGCUGUUUUACUGAAGCUGGGAGUGAGAGGAAGAACAACAAAAGAGUAAAGCAAGCAAAUACAAGAGCACAAAAGAGAUUCAAGGAAGCAAGGCAGAAAAUACGACAGGCUAAAUUGGUGGAGGAGGCAAGACUGAAAGCUCGGGAAGGCAUAACAUAUGAGAGCGCAGCAUUUAAUGAGGAUAAUAUCCAGGGUUCAAGAAAAAGGAAGAGGCAGACUGGCAAGGAAACUGGUAAAAAGGGAAAAAGCAAACUUACAAGAAAGAAAUAGAACCUAAAACUGACUGAGUAACAUAGAAAGAACAAGUUAGUAUGAAACCGAAACUUUAACAGUAUUUUUCUCGAAAACUGAUUUUUGGCCGCACGUGAACUGCCCCCCACCUUUUCUCAUUACUGUUUCAAUGAAAUUGGCCCAUUUUUGGCACAUAUGUAGCUAAAUGUAUCUAGUAUGGUCCUAUUACCCAUUUUUUAAAUAUCUAUUUUCUAUAAAGAUUUAUGUGAAAAAGAUUGUUUCCAAUAUGGUUUUGCCGUUACCAUGGCAACCGUGGUGAAUAACAAAAAAAUGGCUAAUAGGACCAUAGUUCAACAUCUAUACUACCACAAGGUGCAAUUUCACUUGAAUACAUAACAUAUUAAAGAAAAUUUUAUGGGGGGGGCAACUGGGCCCUCAAAAAUCUAACUUUCCAUACACUACGCCCUUCUUUGGUGUCAAAUUUCAGUUCGAUGUAUCGAACUGGAAAUUUUUUUAUCUCAGAUUGUAGCUGAAGUUCUGUAGUUUCUAAAAAUAUAUAGGUUGACCAUAUUUCAAUCAAAAACUUGCCAAAUAUCGACUGUUAAAGAGUUGUUAAUUUAGAGUAAAAAUUGGGGUGAAGCUACCCCUUAAGUUGAGUGAGUUGUUUCUUGCUCUGCAGGCGGGCUAUGUGGAGCUUUUCCCAGAAGAGGCAAAAUGCACAAACGAGAAACAUUUUGUCAGAAUGUAGAAUAAAAGAAAACUAUCAUGACAUGGAUAGAAGCUAUUUGAAUGCACAGCGUACAAAAUGGGUUGCGAGCGUUGGCUCUUGACGUCUCGCCAGUGUAAUUUCAAUUCAAUUGAAAAUGUCGACACAACUAAAUGAUAC